AUGAAUCGUGAUAUCCUGAAGAUCGGAGGUGCUCCGAUCUUCGACGAUCGCAUCGUUAAAAUAGAGACUCACACUUACAAUCCGUACGCUAAUACUACAUUCGGAUACAGCGAUGAAAUACGGAUACCGAUUCAGCAUCAGGAUCUCUACACGUUACCGUGCGAAAGUUUGCUCUACAUCGAGGGAAAAUUAGUCGUGCGAAGGAAGGAAGGAAGUACCAACGAACCACCGAGACUGUCGAAUAAUUGCGUCGCAUUCAUGUUUGACGAGAUUCGCUACGAAUUAGACGGAGUGGAAAUUGACAGAAACAGAAACGUUGGUAUUACAAGCACAGUUAAAAAUUACGUUUCGUUGACAGUUGACAGAAGCAGAACGUUGGAGAAUGCCGGAUGGAAGCUUACAUUAGGUCUAGACGCAUUAUUAACAAGUCGAUCGAUAACUGAAGAUUUUAACUUUAGCGUACCGCUUAACAUACUUCUGGGAUUUUGCGAGGAUUACAAACGUAUAGUGAUAAACGCCCGACAUGAACUAGUCCUGAUACGUGCGCGUAACGACAACAAUUGCGUUAUCGCGAGCAACGCAGACGACUAUACACUCAAGUUAUCGAAAGUGCAAUGGAAGAUGCCACACGUGGUACUGAACGACGUCAACAAAUUGUCACUUCUGCGAACGUUGGAAAACGGACGAUAUCUCAGCAUGGGAUUUCGAUCUUGGGAUUUGUACGAGUUUCCUCUACUUCAAAGCACGACCAAACAUUCGUGGGCUGUGAAGACAACGUCGCAUUUGGAAAAACCGCGUUACGUGAUCUUUUCGCUUCAAACUGGAAAGCGAAACGUACUCUCUUAG